AUGGAGAUCCCAGUGCCUGUGCAGCCGUCUUGGCUGCGUCGCGCCUCGGCCCCGCUGCCUGGACUUCCGGCGGCCGGCCGCCUCUUUGACCAGCGCUUCGGAGAAGGGCUGCUGGAGGCUGAACUGGCCGCGCUCUGCCCCGCGACGCUCGCCCCUUACUACCUGCGCGCACCCAGCGUGGCGCUGCCCGUCGCCCAGGUGCCGACGGACCCCGGCCAUUUCUCAGUGCUGCUGGACGUAAAGCACUUUUCGCCCGAGGAAAUCGCCGUCAAGGUGGUGGGAGAACACGUGGAGGUGCAUGCGCGCCACGAGGAGCGCCCGGAUGAGCACGGCUACAUCGCGCGCGAGUUUCACCGCCGCUACCGCUUGCCUGCCGGCGUGGACCCCGCUGCCGUGACAUCCGCGCUGUCCCCCGAGGGUGUUCUGUCCAUCCAGGCCGCGCCAGCCCAGACCCCGCUGCCGCCACCAGCUGCCACCAAGUAG